AGAAACGAUGAGGAGAGACAAAAUACUGGUGUCCCAAGUGAUUGCUUUCGGGUUACUGUGACGAUGUAAACCGCAAUUUUGUCAUCGCAUGGUGCUAACACAGCAUCGAGUGAAAAGUUUUGUUUUAUGUUGAGUAUUUUACUGUUCUCGCGAGUCUCACGUCCGUGGAAACUUUUACCCCCAUUAGAUGAAAUAUACGUUCUAAAUGUACAGAUUGUACCGCCACUACGCCACUGAGCAAAAUGUUGCAAUUUUUAAAGAAAACAGGGCGAAGGAAAUCUAUCGCAGGAAGCAGUGAAUCUGCAGCAACGGCAAGUGAUCUAGCCACGGAACCAUCGCGACGAGGUGAUGAUGUCAUCGAUGGUGCCGAGAGCGACGAGUCGGCACUUCGACUUGCCGAACGACACUGUUCUGCGAGCAAAGAUUCUUCGCCCCGCGUUUCAAAGCUGUCCAGACGGAUGGUGGAUAUUCUGGCCGAGCAAAGUUGCAUGUGUUACUUUGUGCAGUAUCUGGAAUCGCGGAAUGCACUGUCGUUGAUCAAGUUUUGGCUAGAUGUAGAGAGUUUUAAGGCGGCCGCCUCGGAAAGCACACGAGGAGGUGUGCCGGCGGUGUCCAGAACUACGGCGACGAGUGCGGCUCACGGCGGUGCUCCCGGAGGAAGGUUGCACCGCAGUGUGUCAUCCGAUGGGUACGAUAGCUUGUCAUUUUUCAGCGUUGACGGUGACUCGCUGUCCACAAAUUCUUUUUCGGAGAACGCUUUCGAAGACACCCAGUCGGCGGACGAUUUGCGCGAAGCGGACUCGAGAACGUCACAGAGCUGUACGCCCAUCCCUCCGCCGCUCGAAGUGUUGGAGGAGGUGGACAUAAAGGACGACGGCAGUGAGCCGGCCGGGCCGGCCGAGGAAGACCAACGGCAAUCGGGAGCGAAAGUGCUAGAAGUCUGUGAUAUGACCAUCAUGCGGCAAUCGUUGACCGAUGAUGAGAAAAAGCAGAUCUGCGAAGCGGGCAAAGGUGGCAGCAGCUUCAAUUCGUUGAUUAACUCGGAUGCGGUCCGCAUCUACCGGAAGUAUCUCACUACCAAUUCGCCACACCACAUCGAUAUGCCGGCCACCGUACUGUCCAACAUCUCAUUGGCCCUGUGCGCCAACAGCGGCGUCUGUAACGAGCAGUUGUUCAACGAAGCGCAGCAACAUUUGCUGGAUCUGUUCGAGAGUAACUAUUUGAACCAGUACCUGGAAAGUUCCUUCUAUUGCAAGUACACGCUGGAGGUGCUGACGAGCGAAAAUCUCACCUUGCGGGAUGUUUUAGGGAGUGAGAUGGCUCUGUUCUACUUCAUGGAACAUCUUGAGCAGCAAAACAAGCGCCACUAUCUGGAGUUCUAUGUGGCGGCCGUAAACUUUAAGCGUACCUGCGAAAACCCAGUCCAGGCGCAGAAGGAUGCCGUGGUGCUAUACGAAAAAUAUUUCUCCCUGCAAGCGAUGUGCUCGCUGCUUGUGAGCGACAAGAUACGGUUCUUGCUCGAAGAGCACAUCUGCUCCCUGGACAACGCGGAUAUUGCGGAAUGUUUCGAACUACCGGCGCGCAUUAUCGAAGAAUUCCUGGAGCACCGCUACUUUGCCGGCUUUCUGAAAUCGCCUCUGUACUGUCGUUUCAUCAGCGAGCUUCUUGGUAAGGUGAAGAGCAAUACUAUGAACAACGCUACGUCGUCGUCGUCGGGCGUUGGGAAGUUUCCCGACAGGCGAAACAGUGCUGCUACAAUCGUUGGACGCCGUGGCGGUCACCGGAAGACACUUUCGGAUGUAACGAGCGAUAGUAGCGCGAACAGUGGCGGGAACAGUGCGAUCAUAGGUCGGCGGCCAAACUCGGUUACGUUCAUCUCGUCACAAAACACGCUGCUCGCCAUGCCCGACACAAGCUUCCAGCGCAAUCGCAAGCAGCACACCAUGGGCCACAAUGCUGCCAGUCCUCCCGCAGGCACUGGUGGAGACAUGCAGAUCGAUUCUCGGCAUCUGUACAAUCCGGACCUUCUCUGGCGGCGCAAUUCAGCCGGCAGUGGUGGACUAACGUUCGGACGCGUCGAUGCACUGGGCCGCUACGAGCGAGACUUUGAUAUCACCGAACCGCCGGCCGGGGAGGAUCGAUGGAACCGUAACCGAAUUAAAAAAGCGGUCCGCAAACUGGUUAACCUACCGGAAGACAAGGCGCAGGAGGAACUUGCGUGGCAGGUCGCCGAAAUGAUUGUGAAAGAUAUUACCAACGUUACCAUGAACCAUACGACGUGAUGGAGAAAACGUGUUACGGGGCGCAGCCCGGUGCAGUGCACCCUGCGCCAUUACUCUCAUGUAGAUACUCUGGCAAAAGUACACUGACUCACAGAAAGUAUUAAAUUUUAUCCACGACAUAACGCUUCCCUAGGGAGUUAUUUAUUAUGUGGCGAACCACAGUUGAUGGUUGGCCAGAAGCCGUGAAGUGGCCACCAAGCGCCUCACAAACUCGAAAUCUUUUGGAAUCCUGAACCUCCAAAAAUGCUUUCCACUAUAGGGAUUUAUGGAUGCAUAGCGAACAUAGGAUUAUGAGUAAAAUUGUCGCGAAUAUCGCGCUUCGCGCAUAGAAAUAUCGAGCUUUAGUUUUAAAGAGAGAGAAGAGCGAAAACGAUUCCUUCCCCGAACGAAUCGUACUGCUGCCAUUGUGCGGCCAAAACAUCCAUGAAUCGUUAUAUUCGUUGUAUAGUUAAUUUGGGACAUGUUUUUACAUAUUUUUUCUUCACCUCACCUAGUUUACAUCGAAGUAACCAUCUGUACACACUCUAAUCUGUAGCAGUGCCGCGUUGCAAUAAAGUUUGGCAGCUCGUUCGAAUGAAACAAGGAAACUUAAGCGGUGUAUUAAGCGAAAUUUGAAUCCUUUGAUUCUUUGGCGAUUCGGUGGCAUAUUUUAUUGAUUGAAAAUUUUGGCAGUAAUAGUAGUUUAGUAGCAGCAGUGCCAUGAUCGGAUUUGGAACAGCUUUUUCGGUUCGGAAGAAAAGACAGUACAACUUGUGACGGUAGGCAGUUUUAGUGACAGUAGCUUCCCCAAGCCUACUCACAAUCGGGCGCAGAGUUUACAGAGCGGUAGUUCGAACGCUGAAUGGCCGUGUCCCCAAAACGGGAUAGUUCGUUACUUUAGGUUACAAUCAAAAUUGUACAGCGUAUAAGAACAUGUUAGAUUAGGAAAUAAAAUAUAUUUUCUUACAAUAAUCUCCAUUCCACUUUCGUCACAAAUUAAGCAUGUUUGUUGAUUCAGUUACAUCGUAUAUAUUUAUUCCAUGAAGAGUACAAAAGUAUAAUUUACGACAGGCUUAAAAAUCUACUUCUAGCUGGUGGUUUUUAGUUAGUAAAAGUUAUACAUUCAUUCUUUGCGCUCAAUUCCUACGUCCUACUUAUGACACCGAGAUAAUACGGAUACGUUAAUACUGUGGC